AUGACGGGCCCUGCCGAACACCUGCCUGACGAUCUCGAUGCGUUGCGCGCGAUCAUCGCUGCACAGGCCAGUCAGAUCCAGGAGCUCUCCCGAUCCAACCGCGCCUAUGAGGCGCUGGUCGAUGCUCUUCGGGUCCAGAUCGUGCGGCUCAAGAAGCAGAAGUUCGGCACCUCCUCGGAGAAAGUGGCUCGCAAUAUCGAACAGCUUGAGCUGGCCCUCGAAGGACUGGAGGUUGCCAGAGCCGCGGUCGACCAGUCUGCUGAUAAGGACGAGGCCGUUGCAGCGCCACAGAACACCUCUCGUCCCCGCCGGCGUGGCAAGCCGGUUCUGAACGAGCACGUUCUCACUGAACGCCGCACCCUUGAUCCCGGCUCAGAGUGCCCAGACUGCGGCGGCGAGCUGCGCCUGGUUGGUGAAGACGUCUCGGAGAUCCUCGAUCUGGUUGCCGCGCAACUCAAGAAGAUCGAGAUCGCCCGGCCCAAAAAAUCGUGCCGCAAAUGCGAAGCCAUGGUGCAGACACCGGCGCCGACCCGCCCGGUGGCCCGCGGCAUGGCAGGUCCGGGGCUGCUCGCCCACAUCCUGGUCAGCAAAUACGACGACCAUCUUCCCCUUUAUCGUCAAGGUGAGAUCUUCACCCGUAUGGGCGCCGAUAUUCCGCGCUCGACACUGAUCGACUGGUGCGGUCAGGCGGUUGGCGUGCUCAAGCCUCUGGUCUCGCGUAUUCGCGACCAUGUCUUUGCAGCGGACCGGCUGCAUGCCGACGACACGCCCGUGCGGGUUCUCGAUCCCAAGGUGGCGAUUGCUUCGGGCGGCGCCAAACGCGCGGUCAAAGAGGGACGCAUCUGGGUCUAUGUCCGUGAUGACACCCCGUUCGCCGGCGACGACCCGCCGGCAGCCACCUAUCUGUUCUCACCCAAUCGUAAGGGCGAGCACCCGCAAAGUCAUCUGGCCGCGUUCUCCGGGAUCCUGCAAGCCGAUGCCUAUACAGGCUUCGGGCAGCUCUACGAACCAGAUCCCAUGACUGGUGAGCAGCGUAUCCGCGAGGCGUCGUGCUGGGCACACUUGCGGCGCGACUUCCAUGACGAGUGGACAUCGAGCAAAUCCCCCAUUGCGCUCGAAGCCAUCAACCGCAUCGGCGUGCUCUACGACAUCGAACGGCGCAUCACCGGAUGUUCAGCCCAGGAGCGCCUCGCUGUCAGACAGGCUGAGAGUAAGCCGGUCGUCGAGGCCUUCAGGCGCUUCGCCGAGGAUCAGCUCGAGCGUAUCUCGGGCAAGAGCGAUGUAGCUAAGGCCUUCCGCUAUGGUCUCAAGCGCUGGACAUCCUUCAGCCUAUUCCUUGAAGACGGGCGCGUGGCGAUCGACAACAAUCCCGCCGAGCGCGCCAUUAGGCCCAUCGCGCUCGGAAGAAAAAACUUCCUGUUCGCCGGCUCCGAUGCGGGUGGGGAAACGCUUGCCGAUGCGAUGACCAUCAUCGAGACCGCCAAACUCCACAACCUCAACCCCCAAGCCUACCUCGCCGAUAUUCUGGCCCGCAUCAACGAUCACAAGAUCAAUGCACUCGAUGAACUGCUGCCCUGGCAUUGGCGGCCAGCCGAAACUGCAUCAAUCGUCGCUGCGGCAUAA